AAUUAUAAUAAUUAUUUUUACACGAACGUUAACUGCCGUUUCUAGGGGGGCUUCUUUCGGCGACGCACAGCAGCCGUGACGUAACUUCCUUUUGGUAGCACAUCAGCAGAAGCUAAUCUGUUAGCAUCGAAAAUGAGUUUGUUUUUGCCCAAAUUAACGUGCAAAAAAGACAUAGAUGAAGUUAUCAAAGGCGUCGCAGAAAAAGUCGUCGUUUUGAGGUUUGGGAGAGACGAAGAUUUGGUUUGUCUCCAGCUGGAUGAGAUUCUGUCAAAAACUGCCCAUGACCUGAGUAACAUGGCGUCCAUCUACAUCGUCGAUGUGGAUAAAGCUCCCAUCUACACGAGAUACUUUGACAUCAGCUACAUCCCCUCUACUGUUUUCUUUUUCAACGGACAGCAUAUGAAAGUGGACUAUGGCUCCCCAGAUCACACCAAGUUUGUCGGCAGCUUCAAGACCAAACAAGAUUUCAUGGAUCUGAUUGAGGUUAUAUACAGAGGAGCCAUGCGCGGGAAGAUGAUCGUCCAAAGUCCCAUAGAUCCUCAGAAUAUUCCCAAAUAUGAUCUCCUCUACCAUGGGAUUUAAAAUCAACACCUUCACUGUGCGGCCUUAAGAUGAGAAUGAUUUCUCCCUGAGCAGCAAGUGACAGAAAUUAGCUUUGACUUUCAAGCAAACAUCUGAAGGAGUUUUGAUAUACAUUGCUCUUUAGUCCUUGUCCUUUUGCUAUGUUUAAAGGUUGCUAUGGAACAAUGUUUUUAUGUGUGGGUCCCAGCUUGGGUAGGUUUCAUGCACACGUUGUGGCACAUAUUCCAGCCACUAUUAC